GAAAUGGAAGGCGCGAUGGGCUUUUCUUCACACCCAUGUCGUCUUUCGAGGUUGAUACUCCAGGCUCCUUUUUAUCGCUGCAGAGACUACCUACUGCCUCUAAUGAAUUUGACCAUUUACCACGUUUACGUACCCUAUCAUAGUACCGAAUAGCAACAAAUACGAGCUGUAUACCUAUCCAGAGCAUUGAAACUGGCUGGAAGAAUGUCGAGUACCUCGGAGCUUUCUCUCUCCACUAAUACUUCCUCCGAAGAAUCUGAUCGCGAGUGUUUCCAGGACUCCAUCACCAAGAGGCGUCGCCAUGCAGUGUACCUGCAUCGUCCUCCUGUCUGGUACCCGGGUCCUUGUUCCCAUGACGACUCUCCAGGAAAUACUGAAAGUCAUGGUAUACCUUACGCUUACGACAUACGGGAUCUUCAAGAAAAUUGCCAACACCUUGACGUCUUAGAAGGCCCAUUGCCAGUAUGCCAGGAGUGUCACAAAGACCUGGGGACAGAUAAGGAGCUCGGGAUUUUCUCAACCAUCCCGGAUUUUUCACUGGAAGAUGAACGGUGGAAACUUCGGGCUGCGAGUUGGCUACAGGAGCCUGUUUCUGAGGCUACAGCCCCAAGUGAUGACAAUGUCAUUCCAGCUGUUGGCCAGAAUUCUCCACCACUCUAUCAAAGGCAUGCCGGCCUUUGCACACGCUUGCGGUCAUGCAGAGAUGUCCGCGUUGGAUCGGACGAAAACUGGGCGAUUAAGGAAGGCUCUCUUGUGGUCUGCAUUGACCCUGAAUACACCAUUCUGCGGGACCAGAAGCGGUCGAAUGAUGAAUUUGAACUAGUAUACGGGGAUUUUUAUGUAAUUUGCCAAUUAUAUGCCGACUUCUGGGCUUUAUGCACCAAGGUUUCAUUGAAUGACUCUCCAAAGAGCGACUGGUAUGGAGCCGAGCGAGAUGAUCUCGACAGGAGUUUCUUACGGCUUGGUUUUCUUCCUCUUUGUGCAGUCACACUUGCAGCAAACUUCAGUGCCUUUAUCGAUCGAUGCACUAGAGACAGAAAUUGCUUGUACCUGACCAAGUAUCCCGGUAAUGGCCUUCCCGUGGCUCCCCCGGAGCGCUCGCAUAGUCUCCGGGUGGACAAGAAGUCCCUUGAAGAGACCUACAAGAACACUGGCGUUCCUGCUACACUGUGUGAUUCUCUUGGGCCAGAACCACUGCUAGGUGUAUCGGAUGAUUUUGUGCCCCUGGACUCAACAAUUCGUUCGCUGUUUGCCGACAGACGAUUUGGCAGAGACGAGACAUCGGCACUACGCAGGCAGUUAUCACUGAAGAAGUUCUGGCAGAAUCUGAGAAACCCAGAAGCAACCACGGAUUACGGAUCCUCCGCCGGGUGGUCAUCGGCAUCGCACAGUCGUAACCCUUCAUCUGAAAGCGAUAAGCCAGCCACGCAGCCAUGUCAGGGGCCACGCAGGACCCGUGGUAGCUUUGCUGCCGCCAGCGAGAAUCUGAAACGACUUAUCCGGAUGUCUGCCGGCUAAAGGAGAUUAAGCUCAAAUAGUUCCAAAGCACGCUCGACCCUCGACCCUGGGCUAUUCUUGGUUGACACGGGUGUCCGUUUCUAUGUAAUAAAUGAGGCUAUUCCCAUUCUUUUAUUUGCUAACAAAGGUGGCAUACCUUACUUACUGGUUU